AUGGCCAGCUUUCCAACUUUCGACCCUUCUCGCCUGACGAAGAAGGCGGCUGCUCACUACUCUUCGGAAUCAGAGGACGAGGAAGAAGACGACUACCUAGCCCCCGUCACAGACCCGUCGCAAGCCGAUGAUUACAGCGACUUGAACCCACGAAAGCGCCGUCGCGUCGGCAACAGCAAGGAAAGCGCCGCGCUCGGAAUCUUUGCGUCAGAUAGCGAAGAUGACGGUCCUGGGAAGCGAUGGAAGAAAAAGACACUCCGCAGCAAGGGCAUGAACUUUGUUUCUACCGGCACAACUACUCUCGACGAAGAUGACGAUGACGACGCGAAGGACACCAAUACGAAGGAGUACUCGGACGACUCCAAUGCCGAUGACGAUGAAGACGACGAGGAUGACGUCGGAGGGGUUGGUCUUGGAUUUGGUGGAGCCCGCGGUGGCCUGGGAUUUCAGCCCGCUCAGAACGAUAACGAGAGUGACGAGGACGAGAAGGCAACUGGCGCCCCAGCACGAUCUUUCGCAAAGACAAAGUUCGAUGGCAAGAACAUCCUCGGCCGCGGCUUCGUUCCAUCGUCUGCGAACGUGCCGGUCCUGAACCCCGACCUCCAGGACACCCCUUCGAUGCCAAAGAUGGCCCGCCCAAGCGCAUUUGGCGCAAAGGGAGCGAAAGGAAAGCCGAACCCGAAAUCGUUCGGUGCGCGGAUGAUGGCCAAGAUGGGUUAUCAAGAAGGAACAGGUCUCGGAAAAGAAGGACAAGGUCGAAGCGUUAUCAUCGAAGCUCACCUCAGACCACAGGGUGUCGGUCUAGGUGCCGUCAAAGAAAAAUCAGAGCACGAGAGGAAGGAGGAGAAGCGACAAGCGAAACUACGAGGCGAGGAAGUAGUCGACUCGGAGGAAGAGGAACGGAAAAGAAAGCGAGAAAGGAAGAAGAAGGUCGCAAGCGCAGGCGGCAGCAGCAGCGUCAGCACUCCCAAACGACAGAAGCCCAAGUACAUGACGGCGGAAGAGAUCAAGAAGUCUGCCCCAGGACUCCACAUCCCAGAGGCAUUUGCGCCUAUCCUGGAUAUGACAGGACCCGGGAACAAGCUUCUGACGACUGCUUCUGGACUCUUGACGCCCACUUCUGCCGCAGUUGUCGAAUCUCCCGAGCUGGUGGCUGCGCGGAAGCUGGUGAAGCGAGCACAUGCCGACCUAGCAGCCUUUUCGGAAGAGUGGAGAAACCUGGAAGAGCGAAAGACUUGGGUAGAUCUGGAAUUGCGCGAAAGAGAGCAGGAGAUGGCGGAGCUCGCCUCAGACUUGGGAAGACUGCAACUGUUUUCCAACAUUGUCACCAACGAGCUUCCGUUGGCUACUGAAUGGGAGGACGUCAUUCGCUGUCUAGAGAAGGCCGUUCAGAAUAUUGGACCAGCGACCGACGAAAUCUCGGACCUCGCGGUGGCUGCCAUCUACCCCUUCUUCCGCGACCCCGAUUGGAACCUACUGGAGGACCCUACGCGGUUUUCUACUGAGCUUAAGGGUCUUGGAAGUUUACUGAUGAAGCCUGGCGAGGGCAACAAAGCCUUGCACAAGUGGGAAUCCACUGGUCUGAACAGCAACGACCUAUACCGGCAACAUCAAAAAGCGACAACACCUUACGAAACCAUGAUGUACAAACUGUGGUACACAAGAGCCAUGUCGGCCAUCCGGGAUUGGGAUGUUUUUAACCCCGCACCGCUACUGGCUGUAUUAGAGGCAUGGGCAGACCUGCUGCCUCCCUUUGUUCGCGCCCAGUUCCUCGAUGCCGUCGUCCGCAAGUUGGAAACAGCCGUAGCGGAAUGGAACCCGAAAAAGAAGAGACAAAGCCAUAAAUUGCCUCAUCUGUGGCUUUUCCCCUGGCUUCAGUACCUGCCCUCGUACCACCUGGAGCCCAAGGGCACCGGCUUGGUUGCCGAAGUACGGAGGAAGUACAGACAGCUCAUUGAUGUUUGGGACUUUGAUCGCGGCGUGAUCCCUGGCCUGGAACAGUGGCGUGAUGUGCUUGGUGACCAAUGGCGCUCCUUGAUCAUGAGCCAUGUGUUGCCUGCUAUGGGACGAUACCUGCGCAAGAACUUUAGAGUAGACCCGAGCGACCAGGAGCCAUACCUGCCUAUGCUCACGGGCGUUCUCGAGUGGUCUGAUAUCUUGACGCCGAAGGUGCUGGGCGAGGUCAUUGUUACAGAGGUGUUCCCCUUGUGGCAUGAGAAGUUGAGUGAGUGGCUUAGCCUGGAGGAUGCCAAUUUCGAGGAGAUCAUGGCAUGGUAUGAGUGGUGGAGAGACGACGUUUUGCCCGACCCUGUGAAGAACUUGAAGUCGGUUCAAGCAGAGUUCAACAAGGGCAUGGGCACUAUUGAGAAGGCAUUGUAA